CCGUAGAUGUUCAACCUACCGGAAACGCCUACUAGGUUCAAGCACUGCUGGAAUUCAGUGGCACCUCAACACCAGAUAUCGGACAUCACUCUGUAUCAUAUAGAAUAAAGGAGAGGUGAGGUGAUGUAGAAUGCAGAACUCACUGAGGGUUAUUUUUUCCCCAGACUAGGAAGAUUGCCGUAAUGAAAGACUUAGGAUUUUUAAAAGGGAAGUCAUGGAUUUUGUUCCUCUAUUUAUAGUACUGAUGCGUCACUGAAGUCAUAAACGGCACUGAUAUACAGUUAAAAGUAGCCAAAGUCUAGGUACUUUGCAAAAAUUCUUCAAUGGAUAUAGAUGGCUUUGAUUUGUUACGUGCGAAGACUGCUGAGCAACAAAAUCUAAUUCUUGUGUCGGAGAUUUUAGAAUGGCUAGCACGAUUCGUAAUAGUCAUGUUCGCAAGAUAUUUGUUUGGUGGUAUGACUGGAUUAUUUCAAAUUGUGCAUCGAUUACAUGUCAGCUCUCAGUGCAUCGAUUACAUAUAGUCGCAUACAUGUGAUUAUAUUCCUUCCAACGCAAAUUUCAUUCUAAACAUCAGUUUGUUAAAAGGAUAAUAUGCAGUUUUGGUGCCUACAAUUCUCUCGUGACCAAUAUCAAAAGUGUGCUGCUAUGGCUGCCUUUCUCUUCGACUGUCAUUACUAAAGUCGCAUGUGCAGAAAAAUCGCUAUCAGACACAAUUCCAAUAUUUAAAAUUGGGCUUUCUGUCCUUUCUUUCCCAUACUGCUUCAGAAGGGCUGUAGUGGGGAUCAUAGUUUUCAUAUGUUCUGUCCUGCUAAUCAUGUUCAGACCCUUCCAUGGCCUUUCGGGUAAACCAGAUGUGAUCUAGGCUGAUACAGCAAUCUUAACUACUGUCUCAUUGUUUAUCACGCGUUGCCUCUCUCGGAGUGAUAACGUUUGAUAAAGGACAUUGGAGCAAACAUGGGAAGAAUCACCAAACGACCGCAGUACCAAAUCAUCAGUGGCAUUAGAAUUCCAAGCUACUUUUCGCCAAAAUGCUUUAAAGAAGUACUAAAUUACAAACCGACGAGAGAUGAUAUAUUCGUUGUGACAUAUCCAAAGUGUGGAACAACCUGGAUGCAAAAUAUUGUCAUGUAUAUUUUUCGCAAAGGGCAAAAAUUAGACCAAGAGGAAGAUUUUCGUAUACUGAGUCCUUUCAUUGACAAGCUUGGGGCUGAAGGUAUUGCUAAAAUGCCGAGACCUGGAGCAAUGAAGACUCACCUUCCUUUUUCGCACAUACCUUAUUCCGCUAAUGCCAAGUACAUUUUUGUAGCACGAAAUCCCAAGGAUUGUUGCGUAUCCUUCUAUUAUCACACAAGAAAUAAUAUUGGUUUUAAGUAUUGGGAUGCUGAAUUCAAUGACUUUUUUGAGCUCUUUUUGGCUGGUGAAACAGAAUACAACGAUUACUUUGAUCAUUUAAUGUCAUGGUAUCCCCACCUUAAUGAUCCCAAUAUUUUUUUCACUAAAUAUGAAGAUAUGAAGAAAAAUACUAAGGACAUGGUUAUCAAACUCGCGAAAUUUCUCGGUAAGGAAUACAUAAAUUCGAUUGAGCAUGAUAAUAAUAUCUUGAAUAAUAUUUUGAAAUUUAGCAGUUUUGAAUACAUGAAGGCUCAGACACUGGUACAGGAGUUUGGAAAAUCUGAUCCAAAACAAUCAACGACUUUUGAAAAUGAUUUUGAAGGCGCACGCCAUGCUCAAGAAUUCGUGAAAUCUUUGAAAAUUCCUGAAGAGGAGCCGAAAUUGGAAUUUAUGCGUAAAGGAAUAGUAGGAGAUUGGAAAAAUCAUUUUUCAGACGAUCAGUCAAAGAGGUUGGACCAGAAGUUCGUAGAUAAAACUAAAGGCACGGAAAUCCAACAAUGGUUUACAACAGAUUAGUUAACACUUUUCCUAAUAGAUGUGAAUAUAUCUACAUGAAAAUGUAUUAUUUUAAGCCUUUUAUUUUUUUAUAUCUGGAUGUAGUUUAUUUUAAAUUUGAAAAACAAAAAGUGUUAUAUAACGAA